UCACAGACCCACCUCCUCCCAGGUUGACAGUGAGUCCUGAAGUCAUCAGGGAUACAGACACAGUUCAGCUGAGAUGUCACACUUCUCAAUCUACCUCUGUGUCUCAGUGUUACUUCUACAUAGAGGAAAGACAACAUCUCCAACAAACCACAUCCUGUCAACAGUCACUCACAGGGACCAAGCUGCUUGAAUGGGCAGGUCAACGUAGAACCACCAAGGUCAACAUGAGAUGUAUCUACUAUGCUGUAGAGAUGUCUAUCUACUCUCCUUACAGUGACCCUGUCUCAGUCACUCUCCUGGACCUCCCUCCUCCCAGGCUGACAGUGAGUUCUACAGUCAUCAGAGAGAGAGACUCAGUUCAGCUGAGCUGUCAGACUCCUCCAUCUGUCUCUGUGUCUCAGUGUUACUUCUACACAGAGGGGAGAGAUCCUAAACCCUCACCCUGUACGAGGUCACUCACAGGGGCUGAGCUGCUCUUGUGGGCAGGUGAACGUUUAUCUGCUGAGAUCAAACUGAGAUGUUUUUACACAGUAGAGGCUCACUAUCCAUCGACGCACAGUCAUCCUGCUCCUAUCACUAUUCUUGGUGAACUUCAGAAACCAGACAUUAGUGUCAAUGACGAAUCUUCUCAUGACAUCACCAUUAUUUGUGUACUUCCUGAGUCUGUCAGUGAUGGUCAUAGCUGUAACCUGUACACUGGAGACCAGACUCAGGCCUACAAAGAGGCUUGGGUCAGGAGAUUUAACACAGCAUUAUCCAAACUAUUCUGUACCUUCACUGUUACUAAGAAUGAUCUGUUCAGGCAUCUGCAGUUGGAGAGAGAUGUGAGCUGUGACUAUAGAGUGAACACAGGAUCACCCUCUCUGUCUCCCCGCAGUGAUAAAUACAUUAUUAUAGGUCAGAAACCAAAUAUUACAGUCAGUCUGAAAGAGAACUUCAUCAUCACCUGUUUAAUUCCUGGCUCUGUCAGUAAUGACACCACCUGUAACCUGUAUGUUGGAGAGCAGAGUAAGCGUAUUUUUAGAGCACACAUCAGGAAGAAGAAACACACAGAUUCCAAUUGCUGCUUCUGUCAAUUCUCUGUGGUUGAGAGUGAUCUGAUCAGACGUCUUCAGACAGUGAAACGUAAGGAGGUGAGCUGUGACUACAGAGUGAGCUCAGGACCAAACUCUCUCUCUCCACGCAGUGAUGGGUACAGCUUUACAGUGGGUUUGACUCCAGGUCCUAGAUCUACUUUGCCUCCCAGCACAACAGUGAGUCCUACAGAAGUUUCAACUGUUACUUCUACUUUGACCCCAGACACCACAGUGACAGCAACUUCCAGUUUGACCUCUCCUUUGACCCCCAGCACGGCAGUGAACCCUACAUCAGCAGUUUCGACUGUUACUUCUACUUUGACCCCUGACAUCACAGUGAGACCAACUAGUUUGACCUCUCCUUUGGCCCCCAGCACAGCAGUGAAUCCUACAUCAGAUUUGACUGUUAGUCCUACCUUGACAACUGACACCCCAAAGAGUCCAACUGAGAGUGAGUCUGGCCACACGAUUUCUGUUUAUUGGUGUUGA